AUGCGGGUGAUGGACACCAUCAGUGACAAGCCUGACUGGACGCGGAAGGUUUUUGACGAGGAGAUCGUGGCCAGGUGGAGAGAAGAGCUCCUCGCAACUGGCCAAGAUGUGACCCCCAAAAUGCUAGACUGGAUCAUCAAAGAGCUGCAGUGGAAAGCCAAGCGCUUCCAGAAGACAGGCAUCUUCGAUGUCUUUGACGUGGGCGUGGUCAAGUCAGACACCGCCGUGUCAGAGGAACAGAAGCACGCCCUGCAGAAAGCGGUCGCCGUGCUGGAGAACGUCAAAGAGAGAGACUACCACCCCGGAUCGGACGACAAGGUCAUCGACCUCGUGCACCCGUCCCUCUUCCCAGUCGUCUACGGACGCACAAGAGUUCUCCCGGAUCGGCUCAUCGGGCUAGACGAUUGUCUCCAGAGCAUCGGUCAAGGAGAGACACUCAAAGUGCCAUCAGACGAGGAAGUUGAGCCUGCUGUCCCGGGCGACUCAUGGCUUUCAGGCUACGGGCGGAACCAACUCCGAGGCCUGAAGCCCUACAGCCAAAAGUUCCAGUGGCUGCCGUGCGAUGUCAAGUUCACCGACGACGGAUGCCACAUCGCGUCGUACAUCAACAACCUGCACCCGUCGAAGCACCGACCGCUCUACGACGUGAUCGAGAAGAUCCUGGCGCAGACGAUCCCACUCUGGGAUCAAACAUUGACUGGUUCCUGGAACAGGGCCAGUGACAGGAUCGUGUACAAAGAGGUCGAGUACCUUGAGCAUACGGUCCCCGAGCCAACCGUUGCGGAAGGGGAAGAGGAAGAUGACGAGUUCUAUGAGCGCCAUGACGAGUGGGAAGACACCCGUCCGGUCAAGAAGCCGGAACCUGGGGACUUCCAUCCACCCGUAGUGGAGUAUGGAUGGGAGCCGAUUGUUCUCCGCGAGCAGUUCCGUGACGAGGGGCUGCAGGUAAUUGUGAAGCUGGCCAACAUCGAGCUGACCCCCGAGAAGCCCGAGUACGAGGGGGGUUCGUGGCAUAUCGAGGGGCAAUUGAAUGAACGCAUCUGCGCCACGGCUAUCUACUACUAUGACAGCGAGAACAUAACAGAAAGCACCCUCGCUUUCCGCCAACGGAUCGACUCCGAGACGCUGGAGGAUGUCAGUUACGAGCAGAACCGGCAUUCCUUUGCCAACGAGGUCUUUGGCUUCGCAGGGGACACCUUCAACAACACCAACAUCACGCAGGAGCUAGGGAGCGUCGUAUGCCGCGAGGGUCGGCUACUUACAUUCCCCAAUAUCCUGCAGCACCGGGUCGCGCCGUUUGCCCUGGCAGACCGCACCAAGCCGGGCCACCGCAAGAUCCUGGCGUUUUUCCUAAUCGAUCCUCACCUGCGGAUCAUCUCCUCGGCCAAUGUGCCUCCCCAGCAGGAGGAAUGGGCCAAGGAGACUCAGACAACGAUUGCACAUGUAUUGGACAGGAAACUUCCGGCCGAGCUGAGGGAGAUGGUCAAAGAGAACAUUCCUAAUGCCUACAUGACUUUCGAGGAGGCCAAGCAAUACCGGCUGGAAUUGAUGGAGGAGAGGAGCGCGCGCAGCGAAAGACAGAAUGCGCAGUUCGAGGAGGGCAUGAUCUCCCUUUGCGAGCAUUGA